AUGUCGACCAACCAGCACGGAAAGGCCAACACUGACCGCGAAUUUGCAUCAGGCGAGUCUUCAACUAAACUCGGCGAUCUCACCAAUAAUUUUCGCAAGAUCUGGUCCGCUUUCAUGACUGGAGAAGACACCAAUCAACCAAGUGCCGAGAUGCGCACAACAUCGACAGGCUUUCAUGAUCUGAGCAGACUCUUCACGUUGCCAUCGGUCCAGCCAGACCCCACAGACCCUCCAAAGGAGAACGAGAAGAAGAAUACCCCGGCUAUCUCGGACCCUUUCACAAACCUGUCCGCACGCCUGGCAAAAAACAAGCAAGAAGUAUCCGCACGCCAAGACCAGCCCGUGUCGCGUGAUACGAUUGUGACUCAGGCUCAAAACUCAAGCUUUCGCUUCCUCGACCUUCCAGGAGAGACCAGGAAUUCCAUUUAUGCAAUGGCUGUUGAUAAAAAUAUGCACAGUCUUGGCUAUUUCCGCGUACCCUCCAUCGCGAGAGCCUCGAAACAACUUCGAGACGAGUUCUUGGCAUUUUUCUUCGCGGAAACGGAAUUCGAUGUCCAUUUUACAAUCCGACACUCGGCCGACGGUGACUAUGCUGGCUUGGUCCGGCUAUUCGAUGAGCAGUCGCUUUGCUAUUCCGAGGAGCUAGAUACACCCAGAGAGCCAGCGUCUGACCCGCUGUGCCUAUAUCCAAGCGUGAGAGAUUUCAUCCGACGGUCAGGAGAUAGUGCUCUGUUCAAGAACAUCAGCUUCGUCGUCACAAGCGGAUUGUGGGACGAUGACGKGGAUGGAAAUUUGACGAGGUACCGAUUGGUCGAUGGGGGCCCGUGUUCAAUGACGUUCAAGGUUGAUGCGAAGUUCAAGACGACUGUCGUGAUCUCGGCGGUCGAUACUGAAGAAGAAGCUUUGAGUCACGAGUUCUUUGUCGACAGUCAGAUGCAGCCCGCAAAGGCAAGGGUGGAGGAGAUUGCUGCUCGAGAGGGAUUCAAAGGCUUCACUUUGAGCGACAUUGAAUCGGUCGCUGAAUGCUUUGCUUCCGCGACAGCCCUUGGGGCGCGAUCGUGA